AUGGCGCCUAGUUUGUUUGAGAAGGCGAAAUUCAGGACCAGAAGGUUUUUUCAGGCCGCUCCUCAGGAACCCGCCUCGGCUCCUUCACCACCAACACCGCCAACACCGUCUCGGCCUGUAUCCCAACCAACUACUCAACCGACAUCUCAGUCAACGCCUUCUCCACCUACCUCGACGGAUUCCGACACGUCGCUGCCGAGUCUACAAGAACGACUUUGGAAUGAGGCCUACGAUGGGCUCAAAGCGAGCGAGCCCAAACUGGUCGGGGCGUACGAGAAGAUCUUAUCAGCUAAACUGCACGGAAACGACCCGAGCUCCGUUGCCUCCGAACCGACAAACAAUGAAAUAGCAAGCGCUCGUGGCACAAGAUGCCGCCAAAUGCAACAGCUGGUACAGGCUGGGCUGGACCGGACGCAGAAGCAAGCGUCUAUCAAGCGAGGCAUCGAUGAAGGCUUGCAAGCGGUGCAAGAGGUCAGGAGAAUAGUGGACAAGGCGGUAUAUGCCGCCCCCGAAGCCGCCGUCGCCUGGGUCGGCGUCUGCCUUGGACUAGAGAUCCUUUCGAACCCCGUCACCGAGGCACGCGACAACCGCAAAGGCAUCGCCUACGUUCUGUCGAGAAUAGAGUGGUACUGGAACUUGGUGUCCCUGCUUCUCGACGAGAACAAGGCCGAGCAAUCUUCCGCGGGGCUGCGAGUCCAACUGGAGAAGCACAUCAUGCAGCUCUACGAGAAACUCCUCGCGUAUCAGAUCAAGAGUGUCUGCCUUUAUCACCGCAACUGGGCUACCGUUAUCGGAAGGGAUCUGCUCAAGAUCGACGACUGGGCUGGCCAGCUCAGCGAGAUCCAGGAAGCCGAGGCUGCCGUGCGAAGAGACAUGGAACAAUACAAUACGGAAGAGAGCAAGAAACAAUUUCGGAAACUCACCGACACCGUAAGCGCUAUAGAGAUGAAUCUCCAAGACAUCCAUUCGGCCAUCGAGGACCAAACACGACAGCAAGAGAAGAGAUAUCAAGAUAAUAAGUACGACAAAUGUAUGCAGGAUCUGCACGUGACCGAUCCCCGCAAGGAUAAGAAGCGAAUCCAAGACACGAAGGGCGGCCUGCUCAGGGACUCUUAUCGCUGGAUUCUUGACCACGCCGACUUCCAGCGAUUUCGCGACGAUCCGCAGAGCCGGCUGCUCUGGAUAAAGGGUGAUCCUAGUAAAGGCAAGACUAUGCUCCUAUGCGGCAUCAUCGACGAGCUAGAGAAGGGACCUAAUAGUCUCCUGUCCUAUUUCUUCUUCUUGAUCGUUGACGCCCUUGAUGAGUGCACUACCGAUCGACCCCAACUUCUUGAUUUCAUCAUUCAAUCGUCGUCGACAUCUUCAUCCCGUGUCAAGUGGGUCGUGUCUAGUCGCAACUGGCAGGACAUUGAGGAGAAACUAGACAAUACAAAGCAGAAAGUCAGGCUGCAUCUCGAAUUGAACAAGAACUCAAUCUCGAAGGCCGUUGACACAUACAUUGGAUACAAGGUGAAUCGACUGGCAGGCCUUAAGAAUUACGACAAGGAAACAAGGGACGCUAUCAAGAACCACUUAACCUCCAAUGCUGACGGCACAUUUCUCUGGGUAGCCUUGGUCUGUCAAGAGCUUGCAGAUACCAAGGUGGUCCGAAAACGGCAUACACUCUCCAAGUUAAAUCUAUUCCCAUCAGGACUCGAUCCUCUCUACAAGCGAAUGAUGGAACAAAUCUCUGAUUCAAGUGAUGCAGAAAUUUGCAAGGAGAUACUGGCCAUCGCUUCGGUCGUAUACCGACCUAUCACGUUGGAGGAAUUGAAGGUUCUUGUUGAGUCGCUCGAGGAAGAUGACUACAAUGACCUGCCACAAAUCAUCAAGGCUUGCGGUUCUUUCUUGACUCUUCGAGAAGGUGUCAUCUACUUUGUGCAUCAGUCAGCCAAGGAUUUCCUGCUUAAUAAGGCAUCCGACCAAAUCCUACCCUCUGGUACCGCGCACCAGCACCAUACCUUCUUCUCGAGGUCGCUGGCAGCUCUGUCAGAAACCCUUCGACGCGAUGUUUACAGCCUGAGCACUCCGGGAUAUUCCAUCGAUCAGGUCUCACCGCCCAACCCCGACCCAUUAUCUUCGAUUAGAUAUUCAUGCGCGGUGCAUAAACUCGAGGCUUUGGUGAGAACUACGGGAUCACAACAAUUGGCAGAACUACUUCGAGACGCGCGCCGGUUUAUUCUUUCUCACAAACGGCCGAUCGAGAUUGCUCCAUUGCAGUCCUAUGCGUCAGCACUCGUGUUCAGCCCCGAAUAUAGCCUCAUUAGAGAACUCUUCAAGAAGAAAGAGCCGGAUUGGAUGAUAUUGAAACCAAGAAUGGAAGCGGAAUGGAACGCUUGCCUGCAGACACUCGAGGGCCAUGGCGACUCAGUGAGGUCGGUAGCGUUCUCGGCGGAUGGCCGGCGUCUCGCGUCGGGCUCGGUCGACGAGACGGUCAAGGUAUGGGAUGCGGCAACGGGCGCAUGCGUGCAGACGCUCGAGGGCCAUGGCAGCUGGGUGUUCUCGGUAGCGUUCUCGGCGGAUAGCCGGCGUCUCGCAUCGGGCUCGGACGACGAGACGGUCAAGGUAUGGGAUGCGGCAACGGGCGCAUGCGUGCAGACGCUCGAGGGCCAUGGCGACUCGGUGAGGUCGGUAGCGUUCUCGGCGGAUAGCCGGCAUCUCGCAUCGGGCUCGGACGACGAGACGGUCAAGGUAUGGGAUGCGGCAACGGGCGCAUGCGUGCAGACGCUCGAGGGCCAUGGCAGCUCGGUGAUCUCGGUAGCGUUCUCGGCGGAUGGCCGGCGUCUCGCAUCGGGCUCGGGCGACGAGACGGUCAAGGUAUGGGAUGCGGCAACGGGCGCAUGCGUGCAGACGCUCGAGGGCCAUGGCAGCUGGGUGUUCUCGGUAGCGUUCUCGGCGGAUAGCCGGCGUCUCGCAUCGGGCUCGGGCGACAAGACGGUCAAGGUAUGGGAUGCGGCAACGGGCGCAUGCGUGCAGACGCUCGAGGUUGGCCGUGUGAUUACCUACCUUUCAUUCUAUCUGACGUCUAGCUCUCACCUCUCGACCGACAUUGGACUUCUGAGCUUGGAUAUACCGGCUCUACCGUCUACCAUCGAGAGUCAGCCGACCGACGCUGUAUCACGAGGUAUUAGCCACACUGGCUAUGGUGUAAGCACGGACGGUGUAUGGAUUAUGAAAGACGAGAAGACGAUGCUUUGGCUACCUCCGGAGUAUCGAGCGGAGAAAUCGGCUGUGGUGGGAUCAACGGUCGCUAUCGGCUCUCGUUCUGGACGUGUACUGGUGAUGAAGUUUUCUUCAAGCGGAUGCAGGUAA